GGUUCCUUGGUCAGCUCAGUUUUAUUUUCUUCCAUCUUCUACAAAUAUCCACAGCUGUGACUCCACGUGGCUCGUUAGUGGAGAUACUUGGUGACAUCAGCUACUACUGCUCUGUCAGGUGUCUCAGCCUAAGCAAGGUACUGAAAAGUGUCUGGGAUCUGAGAGAACAGAUUCAGGAUUUCUGUGUGAAGAAAGGACAUGACGUCCCAGAGCUUUCUGAUGAAGAUUGGGUGGCAGACCUCGGAUUUGCUGUGGAUGUGACUGCACUAAUGAACCAACUAAAUGUCAAACUGCAGUGCAGGGGACUUUUUGUGCAUGAGAUGUACAGUGCAGUAAAGGCUUUCAUGAGGACACUGCAGCUUAUCUCAAGCCAAGUGAAGGAAAACCUUCUGACCCACUUGCCAACACUAAAGGAGGCUAUUCCAAAUGCCAAUCACCUCCACAAGUACUUAGCCAUGUUAGAAGUACUGCAUGCAGAGUUUUCAAGGCGAUUUCAAGAUUUCAAAGCUCUUGAAAAUGAAAUGGACAUGGUUUCUUCUCCCUUCACCUGCAGUGUGGAUAAUGCUUCAAGUGAUGUUCAGAUGGAACUCAUUGACCUGCAGUCUGACACACUUCUGGCAGAGCACUUCGGGUCAGUCCCACUGCUGGACUUUGAUUCCUCCCUCAAAGAAGAGAACUUUCCACACCUGAGGAAUCAUGCUCAGAGGAUUCUAGUCCUCUUUGGAUCUACCUAUGUAUGUGAACAGACAUUCUUGGUGAUGAAGUUCAACAAAUCCAAACACAGGUCCUCUGUCACUGAUGACCACUUCUCAGCCGUUCUUCGCAUAGCCGCCUCCGACAUUCAGCCAGAUUUCAAUGCCCUUGUUCAAACAGGAACAGGCUGGAUUAUUCUCACUGAAAAGGAGGAAAACAUGACACAAGUCAUUGUUGCAUUUCUAUCAACUUCUUGUUUGUUGAGUUAAACAUGUUAAAAUGAAAUAACACCGAUUCAGUGAUUGUUUUUGUUGUAUUUGGCUUAUGCACCAUAAUUUCACAUAGCCCAAUAUAAAUAUUUACAUUAUUUUAUAUUAGUUUUAUUCUUCUGAUUACCAGUACCAGCUAUUCGUAAUAUAUAAUUUAGUGAAUUUUACAAUUUAAGAAAGUUAAGCAGACUUGGGCUCAAGUUGUCGUUGAUGUGGCCCUCUGACACAACUCGGGUUUCUCAUGUGGCCCCUUGUAAAAACUAAUUGCCCACCCCUGCUUUAGAAGGUGAUAUCGGUCUGCUAUCCCAUCAGCAUCCACCCACGUGUUUUACCCGUGUAAAAGACAAUGAAAAUUUUUAGCGUCUGUGUUUUUUAAAUCCCAGAGUUCUUCCCUCGUUGUCUCAGGACUGUACCGUUACAAAGACGGGAAGAACACAAAGCGUGCUCACGGUGUUCGGUACCAGUACCGGUGAGAGCGGAUUUUCAGAGGCAG